AGAAAGUAAAGAGGAAGUCAGUUCGAGUCGGUUGACAGGAGCGAAAUAACAGAUAACUUGAUUUCUUUUGACCGAUGAUAAUCCCUCAAAUAGAAAUUGAAUUCACGCCGCUGCUUUCUUGUUGCCGGGUUUUUCUGUUGUCGUCCUCCAGCUUUCCGAACGGGAUGAAUGCCGCAUGUAUUAUUAUUUUUUUCCCUGGAGCUUUGCUCCUGUUCUUGUUCCUAUUUGCUUUAGCGUCUUGUGGAAAAAGAAACAAAAUUGAUUUGUAUUCCCAUUCCUUUCUCCGUUUUUUGACAUCUCAUUAACAGUGUGCAGUCAACACAAUUCUGAGAUGGAAUAUAUAUUUGAAAAAUGAAAGGAAGUCAAAGCUACAUGACAUCAUUUUGGUGUUUUGUUUUUCUUUUUCUUUUAAAUGUGGAUGGAACAACAUGCAUUGUGUUGUCUAUUCAUUAUAAUUCCUGAUAAACGUAUUUGAUAUUUGGCACAGUCUCGCAAGAAUACAGAACAUAAUUCAAAAACGUAGGGCAAUCAUAGUUGUGACUACUUCCAGCAGCCCGCAGGGGGCGCAAAUGAUCCACGCCCACCAAGUUGACGUCUCCAAUCGCGCUCGCUCGCAGCCACGGAAGAAGAAACUCAACGACAAAGUUGAAGGGGAGCUUUUGCUGCUUGAAAGGAAGCCGCUCGAGGGAACAUCCUGGCCACAUCAAAUUGUCAUCCCUGCUGACAAAUGCACCGGAAACACACAGUAGUUUGGGAGCAGCAAAGCAUACGAAUGCAUAUUUGUCCCAGCACUUUGCUCCGAUAGCACCGAAAGCAGCAAGCGGGCGGAUUUCGCCUGAAUUCGACCAUCUGCUGCGGGCGGGGCUAACGCUCGAGUGGGGGCGUGGCGUUGCAGGCUCCCCGCCCCCUCGCCCCGUGCCGCCGCGCAGAAGGAGCGAGCGCGCGCUCGCUCGUCUCCUUCGCAGGCUCGCGUGGUCGUCGACAGGCUGAGGACGCGCGCAGGCAUGUCACAACCCUCCUUCCUCCUCCUCAUCCUCGCCCCCGCUGCCAUGAUGCUGGAUUUCCGUUACCAUAGCAACGGCGAGGUAGCGGGUUACCUCCUCCGGGUCAACGCCUCCAACCCGGACAUAGCGCACCUGUACAGCAUCGGACGCUCGGUCGCAGGUCAACAGCUAUGGGUGUUGGCUUUGGGUUUGAGCCCCCGCCAUCACACUGUUGGCAUCCCUGAGUUCAAGUAUGUGGCAAACAUGCACGGAAAUGAGGUUCUGGGCCGCGAGCUGCUCCUCCAGCUAGUGGAUGACCUGGUGCGUGGUUACCGUGGCAACGAGACCUGGUCCAUACAGAUACUGAACAGCACACGCAUCCACUUCUUGCCAACCAUGAACCCGGAUGGAUUUGACCAGGCUGACACCAACUGUCACCUCAGCCAGGGAAGGUUCAACCGUAACGGAGUGGACCUGAACAGGAAUUUCCCGGAUGCCUUCGCCGCCCUGCGGGGGCAGGCCGACGUGGACGCCGCCAGCAGAGAGGCUGAGGUCCAGGCUGUGAUUGGCUGGUUGAAGACGGAGACGUUCGUCCUCUCGGCCAACCUCCACGGCGGCGCCCUGGUGGCCAGCUACGCUUACGACAACAGUAACGGCGGCGGCGAGCUGGUGGGCCAGGCGAGCCUCACGCCCGACGACGACGUCUUCAUCCACCUGGCCAAGGUGUACUCGCGCAACCACGCCAACAUGCACCAGGGGGGGCGCUGUGGAGACCAGGGACCCUUUAAGGAGGGCAUCACCAACGGAUACCAGUGGUACCCGCUCACAGGCGGCAUGCAGGACUACAACUACGUGUGGGCUCAGUGUCUGGAGGUGACCUUGGAGGUGUCCUGCUGCAAGUUCCCCCCCGCCCACCAACUUCCUGUCCUGUGGACGCACAACAGGAAGAGCCUCCUGGCCUUCGUCCGCCAGGUCCACUUGGGGGUCAAAGGGCGCGUGUUGGACGGGUCGGGAGCGACGGUGCAGAACGCCGUGGUGGAGGUGGCCGGCCGCCGCAACGUGUGUCCCUUCAGGACGGACAAACACGGCGAAUACUACAGACUGCUGCUGCCGGGGAAAUACACGUUCACGGUGACUCAUCCCGGUCACGAGCUUCUGACCGAGACUUUUUCCGUCCCGUACGGCCCGGACCGAAACACCGCCCUGACGCGUGACUUCCUGUUGCGUCGUGUCUCCGCGGCAACGGACGACCCCGUCCGCGUCCUCUCGUCCGCGUCCUCUCGGUCUUCGGCACCCGACGGCUCGUCCGCGUGUGCGCUCGCCGCGCUCUGGACGGCGCUGGCGUUCGAGACCCUCACUGGCUGACGUGCAAGCCUGGUGAACAAGUACUCGUAGCCGUACGCCGCCUUGCAGUUGAGCCAAACCACGUGACGAGCGCUACGAGCGAUCCAGUCUCCCACCAGACGCAAGAUGGCGCUCACGCACGCCUCCUGCGGGCACACGCGUGAAUGACAUCACGGUGAGAAGAAGAAAAACAACAAGGCUAACAUUUCCGUUGUUCUAUCGAGUUUCCCAAAGCUCAUGUUGAUGUGUCUGCCUGCAACUAACGAUUAUUUUAAUACUCAAUUAAUCAGUCAAUUAUUGCUUCGAUGAAUCAAUGAGUUAAAUACAAUCCCAUUUUGUACAUUUCCAUCUCUUUCACCAAAAGCAAAAAUGAAGAAACAAAUUGAUGAUGAUUCAUUUUGGUCCAUAACAUCGAAAAUUGCAAAAAGUCAAAGCAGCUGUUUGCAAAUGUCUUAUUUUGAGAAAACAAACAAAGAUAAUCAGUCUGCUUUCAUGGAGGACGAGAGAAAUCCGAGAAUUUUAAGUUCAACGAGAUCUCGAAAUGAUGACUUGAUUGGCUGUGACUUAAUGAUCAUGAAAAGUCCCAUCUAUUAUUACGAUGAUGCAUCUUUACGUGUGGAAAAUUCUAAAAUUGUUUUUUUUAUUCCGUUUCUGUCUUUUUCACGAUCAAAUGCGAUGCAAAUUUCUUUUAUUGUACUUUGUAUGAAGCCAAUAAACAAAGGGGAGAUGCGUUUUUGCAACUUUGUUCUGCGCGUACCCGAGAAGGAAUCUGGUAGAAGCGCGGGUCGAAGAAGGUGGAGUCCACGUACACGCUCCGGAUGUCCUUCACCCUGCCGGCAAACGCCAUGACGUGACCGCGGGAAGUGGAAGUGGAAGUGGAAGAGGAAGAGGAGGACGACGAGGGUGGGGACGCACCUGCCGCCCGAGUGCAGAUGCUCCAUCCUGGCCGCGUCGCCCGAGGCCAGCCUGAAGUCUCCCGUGUACAGCGCGUUUCCACAGCCACCUUCGAACAGGAACCUGCACACACGGCGGCGGUGCUCGUGGACUAGCUGACGCCGCCAAGUGCCGGCGACUACGUCGGCGCCACUUACAUGACGGAGCCGGGACAGUGCCCGGCGGGGAGCAACGUGACCGCCAGCUCUUCGCUCUGCGCGGAGAAAAACGAGCUCGUAAGGUCACGGGAAAGCGAUGAGAGCGCCCUCGUCUCUUCGAUUUCUUGUUCAUUCCAAGGACAAGUCAGCUGAUUGCGUAAUACUUGAAGUCAUUCUGCCACCUCAAUUGUGCCGGGCUUUCAAAUGGCACAAGAA